GCACCAUCCACUCUCUCCCUAUGGGAAAAUUAAACACACCAAAUGCUUCUCUCUCUCUCUCUCUCUCUCUCUCUCUUAGCAAUUACACCUCUCCACCAUUAAAUGCUAUUGCAUCCUCUCUAUAAGCUCUGCAGUAACUCCUCGCUGCCAUAUUUUCCUUCUAUCUGUUCCCCCUUUCUCCUCCCCUUUUAUUUUUCAUCUUAUUCUUCUUUUUUCAAAUUUUUGUUGUCUCCUUCAUUUCUCUUCUUGCUUUGUCUCUCACUCUCUUAUCUUCUUCUUUCCGACUUCUUACCAUAAAAGCUCUUGCCAAAGCUGCCACGAAACCACUAAAGGACCCAUCUCUCCUCCCCCACCCCCGCCAAAAAAUAAUGUUCUAGCUCUCUGUUCCACAAGGUAUCCUUAUUAUCAGAUCCAUAACCCUUAUCCUCUUCAUGGAUUUUGUUUCUUUUCUGGUGAAUCAUCAAAUUUCUGUAUAACUAGGUUUUCACACACAGAGAGAAGGAGAGAUUCUUGCAACUAGGGCAGAUAGAGCUAAAGCUAGAAAGGAUACAGCCAAGGCAAAGUUGGAUUCUUGGUGAUCUUAGUUGGGCGUUACAUAUAAUAUUUAUAAGUAUUUGCAUUUGGGGGUGGUUUUGCCAGAUUUUUGGUCUGUCAAAGGUGUUAUAAAAUUUUUUUUGUCAACUUUAUCUUUGUAUUAUGUCCUGCGUCUAUCUCUUACAUUGGCACGUAAGAACAAGAUAGACCUAAGAAAGAGAGAGAAAGAGAGACCCAUAUCAAGGGGCAGAACCGAAAACCAAAGUCAGCUCUGCCUGCCAGAGAAUCUAUGAAAACCCUACUCUCUCUAAUCUCUAUAUAAAGGAAAACUCCAAACCCAAAACCGCUUCCUAGACUGAGAAGUGAGAAACCGGUGCGUUUUCCGUAUACAGCUUUAUUAGGUUUGUGAAAUAUGCCUGCCGGGGUAAUGGUUCCGGCGAGAAACAUGCCGUCGAUGAUUGGGACAAAUGGGAAUGUUAGUGGGUUUGGAUCAUCUUCAGGGCUUACCCUUGGUCAGCCAAAUAUGAUGGAAGAUCAGCUUCACCAUCUGGAUAUGACUCAAAACAUCUCCGAAAGCGAUUUAGCUCGAAUCAGAGAUCACGAAUUUGACAGUACUAAUACUAAAUCCGGCAGCGACAACCAUGAUGGUGCCUCCGGUGACGAUCAAGAUCCACGGCCCAAAAAGAAGCGAUAUCAUCGCCAUACUCAGCGUCAGAUACAAGAAAUGGAAGCUUUCUUCAAAGAGUGUCCACACCCAGAUGACAAACAAAGGAAGGAGCUAAGCCGUGAAUUAGGGUUAGAGCCAUUGCAGAUCAAGUUUUGGUUCCAAAACAAACGCACCCAAAUGAAGACCCAGCAUGAGCGCCAUGAAAAUUCACAACUUCGAGCUGAGAACGACAAGCUUAGGGCUGAUAAUAUGACGUACAGAGAAGCUCUUAGCAAUGCUUCAUGUCCCAGCUGUGGAGGUCCUACUGCUAUUGGUGAGAUGUCCUUUGAUGAACAUCAAUUGAGGCUUGAAAAUGCCAGAUUAAGAGAAGAGAUUGAUCGCAUUUCAGCCAUUGCUGCCAAAUAUGUUGGUAAGCCUGUGGUGAACUAUCCUCUUCUAUCUGCGCCAAUGCCUCCGCAUCCACUCGAACUUGGGGUUGGCAAUUUCGGAGCGCAGCCAGGGAUGGGAGGGGAGAUGUAUGGAGCUGGAGACUUGCUUAGGUCUAUUGGUGCUCAUAGUGAGGCUGAUAAACCCAUGAUUAUAGAGCUUGCAGUUGCAGCCAUGGAGGAACUUGUUAGAAUGGCUCAGAUGGGUGAGCCAUUAUGGAUGAGCAGCCUCGAUGGAACAAAUGCUAUACUAAACGAAGAAGAAUACAUUAGGAUCUUCCCUCGAGGAAUCGGACCGAAACCUAUUAGUUUUAAAUGCGAGGCUUCUAGGGAAACUGCUGUUGUUAUAACGAAUCACAUCAACCUGGUUGAAUAUCUUAUGGAUGUGAAUCAGUGGUCUACUAUUUUUUCCGGCAUUGUCUCAAGAGCGAUGACUUUGGAAGUACUAUCAACAGGAGUGGCAGGAAACUGUAAUGGAGCCUUGCAAGUGAUGACGGCCGAAUUUCAACUUCCUACUCCACUAGUUCCCACUCGAGAGAGUUACUAUGUAAGGUACUGUAAACAGCAUGCAGCAGGGACAUGGGCUGUGGUUGAUGUUUCCUUGGACAACUUACGCCCCAGUCCGGCAGCAAGCUGCAGGAGAAGGCCAUCUGGAUGCCUAAUUCAAGAAAUGCCUAAUGGGUACUCAAAGGUUACAUGGGUUGAACAUGUGGAAGUGGAUGAUAGAGGUGUUCAUAAUCUAUACAAGCAGCUAGUUAGUUCAGGCCAUGCAUUUGGGGCAAAACGUUGGGUGGCUACCCUAGAUAGGCAAUGUGAACGGCUGGCGAGUGCCAUGGCAACAAACAUUCCCUCCGGCGACAUUGGUGUGAUAACAAAUCCAGAAGGUCGAAAGAGUAUGUUGAAGCUGGCAGAAAGAAUGGCGAUAAGUUUUUUUGGUGGAGUGAGUGCAUCUACUGCUCAUACGUGGACCACACUAUCUGGAACUGGAGCUGAUGAUGUGAGGGUCACGACACGAAAGAGUGUGGAUGAUCCUGGUAGGCCUCCUGGGAUUGUGCUUAGUGCUGCAACUUCCUUCUGGCUUCCUGUUCCUCCAAAAAGGGUUUUUGAUCUUCUCCGUGAUGAGAACUCUCGAAAUGAGCCUCAUUACUCAUGCUUACAGUGGGAUAUUCUAUCAAAUGGUGGAGUCGUCCAAGAAAUGGCACAUAUUGCUAAUGGCAGGGAUACAGGCAACUGUGUGUCCCUUCUUCGAGUAAAUAGUGCGAAUUCGAGCCAGAGCAACAUGCUGAUUUUACAAGAGAGUUGCACUGAUCAGACAGCUUCUUUUGUCAUCUAUGCACCUGUUGAUACCGUUGCAAUGAAUGUACUACUGAAUGGUGGAGAUCCAGAUUAUAUGGCCCUUCUUCCUUCAGGGUUUGCAAUUCUUCCUGAUGGAACCACCACCACACAUGGAGGAGGCAUUGGCGAAUUGGGUUCCGCAGGUGGAUCACUUCUAACUGUUGCAUUUCAGAUUUUAGUUGAUUCAGUUCCUACGGCGAAACUGUCGCUUGGGUCGGUUGCAACUGUAAACAAUUUGAUCGCCUGCACUGUUGAGAGGAUUAAGGUAGCUUUAUCUUGCGAGAGCAUCUGAACUACAAAUUGAAGGUUAUAUAUUAAAGUUGUUAACUGAUGAAGAAGGCAAAAAAGAGAAGAAAGUGUAAGAAUACAGGAGACGAUUUUGGCUUAUAGAAGAUGGAAGAGAGAAGUCAAGAGCGAACCUUACAUGAUCCUUAACUUGUUGCUCAUGGUUUUAGCUUAGGGUAAGGGAAAAAGACUAAGCAUGUGAUGAGGAUUAGAGGUUCGGGUAUUGACUUCUUCAAAAACCAAUUUUUAAAGCUAAUGGGAAAUUAUGACCCACUCUAUCAUAGACCCAAGACAUAUUAUGCAUGGUGGAACCUAUAUAUUUGUGUCUUCGCUCAAUGAAUUAUAUCUACAUAAAUUUUUCCCAAAGCUUAUAACCCUAUUAGAGAACUUUUUAUACAAAGUUGAAAGGUGAAACUAUCCCCUUUUUCCAACUUCUAAUAUUAUAGCCUUUGCAGUUA